CAAGUUAAACUGUUACGGACUGCGCCAGUCUUAAUUUAUUUUACUUAAAAAGUAUACAUUACACAAGCGUAUUUAUUGAACUCGGAUAACCUUCUUAGUCUAAUAACGUCUAAUUAUAAUGCUUAUAUUUGUUCGCUUCAUAUGUUAAACGUGUUUACCAAGGUGGACAGCUACGAAACAGGGUAAGACCCUCAGCAUGAGGGUGAAUGACAGAUGAAGUGAAUGAAUGUUAUAUGAUAAGAGAGGAGAUGGAGAUAGAUUCAGUGAGAGUCGAGUCCAGUCUGUGGAUCGACAAUAAGCGUUAUAAGGCUUUUCUGAGCGGAUGGUAUUUCAGCUGGACUGAGAUCGACAAGAGGAACCGCGAGAAGAAAACAGUUUCAGUGCCCAUGUCAGAGGUGAUCGCGGUAAAAGAGGGUCGGGUCGAGAUCCAACCCCAGAAGAAAUUGGAGGACACUGACCUUGAUUUUACUUUAUUUUAUGUGAAGCGCAACCGCAGAUGCAACACACGGGGGACGUUGUGGAGCCUGGGCAGGACCCAGUUCUGCUGUCCUAGCCGAGAUGUUCGGGAUCAGUGGAUCACUCAAGUCAGAACGGCACUGAAAACUCACAGUCCUUCGCGUCCACACAGGUUGUUGGUGUUCAUUAAUCCGUUCGGAGGAAAGAAGAGGGGAAAACAGAUCUACCACUCUCUGGUGGCUCCUCUGUUUGAGCUGGCUGGCAUCAGCUCUCAUAUCGUGGUGACUGAACGAGCAAAUCAGGCCCGGGACUACAUUUUGAAGAAAGAUUUAACCGGGUUUGAUGGUGUGAUUUGUGUGGGAGGAGACGGUAUGUUCAGCGAGCUGCUGCACGGCGUGAUUGGACGAACCCAGCAGGAGGCGGGAGUUUCAGAACACGACCCUACUGUAAUGCUACAACCAUGUGACCUCCACAUUGGCAUCAUUCCAGCAGGCUCAACAGAUUGUGUGUGUUUCGCUACAGUGGGUGUAAAUGACCCUGUUACAUCAGCACUUCACAUCAUCAUUGGCGAUUCUCAGCCUCUCGAUGUAUGUUCAGUCCAUCAUCAUUCAACACAUAUAAGGUAUUCUGUCUCUAUGGUGGGCUAUGGAUUUUAUGGAGAUGUUUUAGCAGAGAGUGAGAGACACCGCUGGAUGGGUCCUCUCAGAUAUGAUUACUCAGGUUGUUUAAUGUACCUGUGCAACAGGAACUAUCCAGGACUAGUGCAAUAUCUCCCUGCUGAUUCGCAUAUCUCCAGUCCACGGGACAACACUCGCUGCCUCGCAGGGUGCAGAGUGUGUUCAGAGAGCAAAGAGAGGCUGUUCCCCCACUUUGAUAGCUCCAGUUCCCUCUACAGCACAAAUCUCAGUCAGCACAGCAGUGAGUUAGAGGGUGAAUGGGUCACUAUUGAAGGCAGGUUCAAGUGUGUCUAUCUCACCUGUAUGUCAAGCUCAUGCCCGCGGAGCCCGACGGGUCUCUCGCCCUCCGCUCACCUGGCCGAUGGGACGGCGGAUCUCAUCCUGGUGCGACAAACGAACCCCCUGGGCUUCCUCACAUACCUGCACCGGCACACAAACACACAAGAUCAGUUUGACCUUCCCUUCGUCGAGGUACAUCGCGUCAAGGCGGUUCGGUUUUCUCUACCACCUGGAGAAGAAGAAGAAGAAGAGGAGGAGGAGGAAGAGGUAGAGGAAGAGAGAGAAAUACAGACCUCAGCUGAGAACGUAUUGGAUGAUCCCAACAAACUUGUGAACUCUCAGAACAAAAGUACCUCUCAGCAGUGUCUCACGGGCCAGGAGAGAGGAGUUGUGAAAACCGGCAGGAAAAAGAAGAGAGGUUUUGUGUGUGGACCCUGCUGCACUAAACCUCCUUCAGUAUCUGUGUGGAACUGUGAUGGAGAAAUUCUACCUCACACCAAAAUUUUAUGCAGAGUUCAUGGCCAGCUUGUGCGUCUCUUUGCCAGGGGCAUUGAAGAAUCAGCAGGUGCUUAACAAUGGCGUGAAGAAUACAGGAGCUACUGUUCAAAGAGAGACGUGUUCAACACAACGAAUGAUCUCACGAAUAGUGGUUUAUAAAAGAAAACAAAUGUUAAUACUAUAUGUGGCAGUGUGAUGGGUAAGAUAUUGUACAUGUAAAUGCAAUAAUGUCAUGCAAGCUUAUUUGCCAGAAGGUUAUUUCAGCUGUUUGUAUGUAAGUUUAUAAUUGUUCAUUUCAAUUAUUUAAUAUUUUUGCAGGGCAAAAAGUAAAUGUACUGUAUGCAAUGUUUUAGUGCAAUAUGGCGUACUAACUCUUUCCCUUGCCACUGCUUGUUUAGGCCCCGUUUAUGUCCAUCCAGCGCAACUAUUUUUUUUUUUUUAAGUUUUAAGAGACUGGAUUGUGCUUUAAGCAGAGGAGCUACAUUUUCUGGCAAAGGCUGUACAUGUUUCAAACAGUAUGAUUGAUGUAUGGGACAGCUUUAAGGGAGGAGCCUCAUUCCAUUACCAUUUUUAAAGAUGUAGUGAUCGACAGGAAUGUGACCAUACUGGGUGUCAAAGGGUUUCGAGCUCAUUUUUGUGAAUGUGGUAACCCCAUGCAUGCAUGACUGUGUAGUGUGUAUUAGAUAAGUGUCAUAAAUAUAUAAACUAUAUAUGUGGAACUGUCACCACUUGCUAAUCUUUCAAAACAUGUUAUUAACCCCAACAUACAGUACACUCUCAGAAAAAGUACAACAUUUCUCACUGGCACGGUACCUUUUAAAAAGUCCUAGUAUCAUUUUGGUACAGAUAGUGUAUGUACCUUUGAACUACCAGUAUGUACCUCUAAUAAUGCACCAAUAUGCACCUUUUAGGUGCAAAAGUGAAAAGGUGCCACCCCAUUGACAGCUUUUGUACCUUUUUGUACCUUGUUUUCUGAGAGUGUAGAAAUGUCCAAACAAAAAUUAUCCUUCAGCUGAUGGCAGCUAUGAAAGCCAUAUUUGAAAAAAGUUAGUAUAAUUUAAAGGAAUGAUAAUAGCUAGAAUGCACUGUAUAAUUUACAUGAAGAAUUAUUCUGAGUAAAUCUUUUCAGAAAUAUUAGAAGCAUGUUACAGGGCUCUUCAGCAUGACGUUUAUCUUCUGAUAAAUUGAUCUUCUUCUGCCUUUAGAGCAGACUUUUGUUCUUAGAAAACUACAUGACAACCAAAGACAAAUUAUUGGAAGGGUUGCAUUUGUUGAUUAUUAUGGUGGAAAUAAAUUCAGAAAGUUUGUGAAUUAAGUAAUCUGGGAAUAUGAUGUGACGUUUCACUUAAAAGUUUUUAUGUUUUCUUAUAGUUUCUGUUUAGACUUAAAGGAAACUCUGAUCUCCGGGUCUGGUGCUAGCACUUUUAGCAUAGCUUAGCACAAUCCAU